AUGUCGGCUUUCGCUUCUUCGGACCGCGCUGAAAAGUCUGGAAUUGCCCUGGAGGCUCAACAAAAAAUCUACGAGAAAUACGACAAGAAUCUUGCAGGGGAAAUUCUCCAAUGGGUUCAGGAUGUCACCGGGCUUUCAUUCGACACUCAAGGAGACGCUGAUAAUUUCGUCAAAGUUUUCCAAGACGGAAGUGUUCUGUGCAAUCUUGCAAACGCUCUCAAGCCAGGAAGCGUCAAAAAAGUUAACACUUCUGCUAUGGCUUUCAAGAAAAUGGAGAAUAUUUCAUUCUUCCUGAAGUUCGCAGAGGAAUUCGUUCAAAAGUCUGAACUCUUCCAGACCGUUGACCUGUAUGAAGGACAGGAUCCGAAUGCAGUGCUCAUCUGCCUUGCUUCGUUGGCUCGUAAAUCUGAGAAACACUUUGGACGCUCGGGACUUGGACCAAAAGAAGCACAGGGAGAUCGUCGGGAAUGGACUGAGGAGCAGCUGAAGGCUGGCCAAAAUGUGAUCGGGCUCCAAAUGGGCAGCAAUAAGGGUGCUACUGCCUCUGGACUCAAUAUGGGAAAUACGCGACACAUGUAG